AUGACUGUCACUUACUCUGAACUUUCUGCCAAGGGACUUGUGAUUGAAAAACACCCCAAUCCAACCCAGUUCGAGAACCACUCGGACCUCCCCUCGUCUCGUGCCACUGAUUAUCUCUUGGAAGUUACGUGGACCAUUGAUCAAGGAUGGGGUACUCCUUCUCUUCAUCCUUAUGGCCCAUUAUCUUUGGACCCCGCUUCAUCAGUUCUUCACUAUGCCACCACCUGUUUUGAAGGUAUGAAAGCUUACAGAAGCUUUGAUGGCAAGAAGGUCACACUUUUCAGACCUUUGGACAACAUUAACAGAUUAAACGACUCUUGUGCUAGAGCCAGUUUGCCUCAACUAGAACCCAAUGCUGCUCUUGCUCUUUUGGAGAAGUUCGUUGAGAUGGAAGCUCGUUUCAUUGCUCCUGGUUCAUUCAUUUACCUUCGUCCCAUGGUCAUGGGAACCAAUGCCCACUUGGGUCUGACCACUCCUACUGAAGCCAAAUUCUUGAUUAUGGCUUCCAUGAUGCCCAAACUUAAUGCUGCUCCCUUGAAGCUGUGCUCUUCCCCACCAGAUCAAAUCAGAGCUUGGAAGGGUGGUUUCGGUUACGCCAAGUUAGGUGCCAACUAUGGCCCAACUUUGAAGGCCAACAACGAAGCCAUUAAGAACGGUUUUAGUCAAGUACUAUGGCUUAUGGGUGAAGAGGGUAUUGUUACUGAGGCAGGUGGUGCUAACUUCUUUGCCGUCAUUAAGAACGAGAAGACUGGAAAGGACGAGAUUAUGACAUGUCCCCUCACCACCGGAGUCAUUCUCCCUGGUGUCACUCGUAGAUCGGUUCUCGAGCUUCUCAGAAACAAGUAUACUUCUGAAGGUGUUGAGGUCAACGAAAAGGAGUUCACCAUCUCUGACAUUGAGAAGGCUUCUGACGAAGGUAGACUUGUUGAGGCCUUUGCUGUUGGUACUGCUUAUUUCAUUGCUCCUGUUCAAACCAUCCGCACUCCCGCCGGUAAGGACAUCUCAGUUCCUAUGAGUAUCGGAACUAGUGGUGAUUAUGCUCAUUAUAUCAAGGAGACUCUUUCUCAAAUCAUGUGGAGCAAGGUUGAGCACCCCUGGAGCCACCCUGUUGCCUCUGCUCAGUAG